GUUCGACGCAUGCGUUAGAUCCCAGUCUUCAAGCAUCAACACUGCCUCGCAUUCGCUGAUAACUAGCCCGGUCGUCUGGUAGGCAAGAUGUCGCGGCGAAAGCAGUCUAGACCUCGGCCAGUCAAAGCCGUCGGCGAAGCUGUUUUCCCGCUCGCUCCUAGUCCAAAAGCUCCCUGUGAUAGCCAUGGCCAAGCAGACGAUGACGACGACAACGAUAUUGUAGUCAGAGACAAACUCAUCAUCGCCUUGUCGCCUUCUCGCGAUGGUGAUGAUGAUGAUGAUGAUGAUGGGAGCAUUACUCGCUUCACCGACGAUAGUCGUGCUAACAGGACCAUGAGCGUCUCAACAUUGCAGAAUUCCGUCCUCGCCACUGGACCCCCAUCUCAUCCUAUCCCGCCAAAUUUUUUGCUGCCAUCCCCGACAUCAGCUUUCUCCGUGCCUCCACCCAUACCAUACCUUCCCUUUGCUCACCCGUCAACUUCCGACUACCCCACUACUCCCUCCAGCUCGAAGUUCAACCCCCAGGCUGGCAUGGCGCGCAAGAAGAGAUCCCCCAGCAACAGAAAGUGGGCCCAGCAGAUUACCAGCCCGGCAGAGGCUGACAUUCUUAAAUGCGACAUCUGCUCUGCACAAGGCGCUGAGGAGCGUAAAACAUGUACCCUUGUAGAAAAACAGGACUACUACAUAGAGAAUGACGGGACCUUGACUGUGCGCAACGGCGUCUGCACUCGGCGUCUCGUCCUCGGACUCUUUGGCAAUAUCGCCAAUUCACCAAAGAAAUAUAAAGACGAUCUCGGUGAGAACUUUAUGAAGUUCCUGUUGAAUCUCGAUCAGAUCCUGAAGAACCAGCACAUGGUGUGUCCUGACGAGUCCUCCCUGCAAGCCAUUACGGCCCAGAAUGUGCUCAUGACGCAUCUCGGGACCGCCAAGUUGCAGACGGCUUUGAGCUCUCGUAAACGACCGCGAGAGAUUAGCGGUCUGGAUGGUAGAAAUCAAACGAUCAAAGGAGCACCCCAGCUUGCAGAAGAUUUGACAUUAUCAGAUGACGUUGGAAAUGAGACGACAGCAGACGAAAAGUCUGCCCCGAGACUGCCAGAUAACUUCCUGAGUUUUCCCAGCGACUCUGGCUCUGCCCUCUCACAGUUUACAUCUGACGACAAAACGAGAAACGAGCCCGUGGUCGGGAAAAAGACGGCAGUUUUUCCGUCCAAUGAGGUCAGUGGAGAUGAGGGCAGCGUGAGUCUCGUGGCCGGGUUAAUGGGAGGCUUCUCAGACCCAGCUACACCAGACGACUCUGCACAAAUGUCCAGUCGACCAGAGUCACCCACGGGCUCUAUCGGUCAGAUAGAUGGUUCAAAGCAGAUGGCCAACACAAAGAGGGGGUCAAAGAUGACGUGAAUAAGCUCAAAGCAAUGGGAAUGGCUGGAAUGGCUGGCUACAUGUUCCCGUUCACCGCCCCACACCAUCCAGCUUUCCCAUUUCAUCAGAUGUUUUCUGACCCAACCAGAGUUCUUCCAUUCAUGCCUAGAAUGAUGGACCCUGUGACUGGUGAGAUCUUCGCAAAAAGAGCCCGGAUAAGUCAGCAAAUGAUGGCCCCCAUGAGGCCCCCAAGCCCAGACCUGAGAUCGUCCAAGCCAUCCACAUGCACUGUGUGCAAAGCUGAGUUUUCGAGUGAGUUUGCUCUGGAGUCUCACAUGGAAAGUCAUGUGAUUGUAGACACACAGCUGGAGGCAGAAAGUGGCAAUGCUUGCAAGACUUGCCAAGUUGUUGCCAAAUCUGAAGAAAGUCUUCUCUUGCAUACCUUGACUCACCAUAUGCCAGAUGAAGAGCUAGCUGACCUUGACACGCCUCCCAAAACGGGCUCAUCCUCAGAAACAGCAGAUGGAGACAAUAGUAGCAACAACAACAACAAUAAUAAUGAUAAUAAUAGCAACAAUAACACAGACAAUGACUCCAUAAAAUCAGGUUUCCAAGAGUUAGGCUUUGCUAGUUUCACAACAAAAAAGUUUCCGCUGAUUGCCAAAGCAUUCUGUGAGAGCAAAACCAUUUUGAAAAGUGAAAGUGAACCUGUUUUUAAAUGCCAGGAGUGUGGCAAAGGCUUCCCUGUUGAAGGCGCCAGAGAUCUGCAUGAGGCUUCACAUCUGCCUGAGGAGUAUACAACUUGUCCAAAGUGUAACUGUCACUUCUCAGAUUCUCUGAGACUGCAAGAGCAUAUGCUGAAACAUGUGUCCGAUAUUAAAUUUGAUGAAUAUUUGUCUAAGCAUGAAUCAGAAGAGGAAGCCAUGCCUCAAAAUUAUUUUCUGGCCCAAUUUGGUCUUAUUUCUAAGGACUCCCCUGAAGAAAUUGGCCAAAAACACUCCAUAAAGACAGAAGAUGAUGAAAGCAUUGAUCUGAGUGUCAAUGAUAAUGAUGAUUAUGCUAUGUCAGAUGCUGAGGACAGAAUGGACUUUGACAAUUGCAAAGAAGAAGAGAGUGAACCAUGCGCCUCUCCUGGUGUUACAGCCAUAAAGAAGGAAGAAAGUGCUACUGACUCAAAGCUGAGGUUGACAAACUUUUUCCUACCCUCAUCCAAGUCAGCUGUUCGUGUGCCAGAGACCAAAGGUUUCCCCCUUUUGAUCCACCAAACCAAGCAGUCUGACCGUCCCACGUCUGUCCCUGUGAGGUCAAGUUCAGAGUCGGAUGAUUUGUCAGGACAGACAGACUCACAAACUACGAUUUUUGAGUCCUCAGUUGUGGCACGGGCUGUUGUCCAUCCACCUGUGUUUCCCUGUAAACACUGUGAUGUCAUCCUUGCAAGUCCAAAAGAUUUAGAAGCUCACCAGCUUACCCAUAAGUCACAGUAUGAAUGCUUGAUCUGCAACUACACCAGUACAGAUAAGAGCACGCUGCAGCGUCACAUGCGAACACAUAGCGGAGAAAGGCCGUACAAGUGCAAAAUUUGCGAGUACUCCUUUACCACCAAAGCGAACUGUGAACGACAUCUUAGACAAAGACAUGGUCUGCACAAAGACCAGCUACAUGAGUAUCUCACAUCUAACAAGUACGUCAUUGCCAGUCGGAGUCUGUCCCCAAGUGACUCUCCCACUCCCCAAAGCUUUCACGAGACUGUAUGCAAAAGCUGUGGUUUGGAUUGUGUCAACUCUAAAGGCCUUCGGCAACAUUUGCAAAAUGCUCCUGACUGCAGAAUGGGAUUCAUUUGUAAAAAAUGUGAUGCACCCUUUUCUACCAAAGACAGUGUUAUGGAGCACAUGAACAGACACCACCCUGAAGUGAGAGGUCCCAUUUGUGAGAGAUUUAUUUGCAGAGCAGAGGUCAUGUCCUCUUCACUGUUGGAUCCAAAUAAUAAGCUCUCUGCCCCUCCACCCGCUCACUCUACACCUGCAUCUGCAGACAAGCCAAAAGAGAAACCGAGCUGGUUGAAGGAGAUCAGUAUCGCCCCACACAGGGGUGACAGCGCUGUUGUGAAAAAGUUCAAGUCUAACACCUUAACCUCAGAUUUCAGUCCGCAAGAUGUUGACACUGAAGGGCCUCUUGACUUCAGCAAGCAAGUGAAACCAGGGUUAACGGUCGAAGCUCCCAGUUUAUUAGCUCAAAUGUCCGGUGGAGCCACUUCUCCUGCAGUGGACACUUCAACAGAAGACCAGCCAAUGGACCUGUCUGUCUCCUCACAAAAGCCUUCUGCCAGUGCAACACUUGAUAAAGUCCAAGAUUGUGGUGUCAGCCACAGCUUCCUUCAUCAGGAGCCCUAUGGCCUCCAAGGUUUCAACAAGGAAAAGAGUACAGCUUCCUUCUCUGGUAGUACUAGUUCCAUCAAGGUAAAAACUGACACUUUGCCCACUCACAACUCACAGCUUCGCGAGAGUGAUGGCAACAACAAUCAGUUGUCCCCCCUGUUCACCAUGUCAUCCGGCAGUAGCAAUACCAGCAUCCCCUCAUCCCUCCACCUUCCACCAGAUGAUGCUUCAAGUCUUAGUCCAGCCCCUCACACCCCCAAGCAUCCAGCGUUCCCUCAAUUUCUCCCAAUGGUGGCCGGGUACCCCAGUUUGCUGUCUGCUGCAGGACCUCAGUCUAUGUCCUUCCAGGCACACCCUGCACUCACCCAAAGGCUGGCUCUCAUGUCAAGACUUCACCCAAGCUUUGUCCCUCCAACAGGGAAAAUGUCAACAGCUACCCCAAAUGUCUCUGGUCAAGCACCAAACUACAAGUCAAUGGAGGUCACAGACUCCAAGACUGACUCUCUAAAACUUGAAGAGAGUGUGGAUCAGCAGAGGAAUAAUAAGAGAAAAGAUCGUUCAUCAAAGGAAACUGAAAAGUCAGACAUCAAGCUAGUGAACAAGCCCAUUGUGGAUCUGAUAGACAUAAAAAAGAAAAAACCAAAGUCAAGUCAAGGAAGUUCUUGUGAGAGUGAUUCAAGCUGUGAACUUGCAUCAGUGAACAAGAUUUUGGAUGCCACUGACGCUCAGAAUUUCCAAGAUUACCUAAUCAUACCUGAGACAGAAGAUGAACAAGAUAACAAAUCUGAAUCUGUGCAGAGUGGGGAUGAAUCAAAUCAAAGCCUUGAAAAUAUGUUUUCACAAUCACAGUCUUUACUGGCUGGUCAACUGACUGCGAAACUGAGUGACUCUUCCGAUAAAGACUCAGCUGAUAAAGAUAAAAAUUUGCUAGCAGAAGACAUGCCUAUAACUAUCAACAUGGCUCUCAUAGAUGGAAAUAUACCAGCAUCAGUACAUGAGAAAACAUUUCAAGCUUGUCUUGAACAAAAGAUGGAGGAUCCUAGUAACAUGAGUGAACAAGCCAUUGCUGAACUGAUUGAAAAAGUUUCAAGAGAAAAUGUGAACUCUCCUGCCAAAAAGAAGAGGAAUUCUUAUGCCGAUUCUCCACACAAGUUCACUUGCCCAUACUGUCCACGGUGUUUCCCUUGGCUGAGCUCCCUGAAUAGACAUCUUCUUACACACACGGGACAAAAACCUUUCAAGUGUCCCCGAUGCCCUGUGACAUUUUCUACCAAAUCAAAUAGAGAGAGACAUCUGAUCAGAAAGCACAAUGUCAAUAUGCUGGACCCAGCCUGCAGAGCUACAAUGGACCGGCCAUACAAAUGCCACUUGUGUGUCUUCAGCUCUUUCUCGACUCAAAGUAAUUUGGUCAAGCAUUACAAGGAUCGCCACAAUGGCAUGUCGCCACCUGCUCACCUACUGGAGGCCAUGGAGAAAGGUUCUGAUGGAGAAGGUGAAGACAGCAAUGGAAAUCCUAUUAAUGGGCCUAGCUAUGAAGAUGAGGAAGAGUUCAAUCUCUCAGAGAUGCGAAAUGGACUGUCAGACAAAGAAAUCAUGUUCCACAAUUACUCUCAAGACAGUGACAGCAAUCAGGGUUCAAAUGGAACUACUCCGUCAGUUCGAGACCCACACAAAAAGCGAAAUGCUAUUUUCAAUUUCACCAAUGAUAUUGAGGGGAAGAAUGGUUUACACGCCACAGUCAACACAUCCAAUUCAUCAAGUGUACAUGCUAUAUCGCCGAAGCCAGAAUCUGCUCAGCCAUCCACAACAAAUCGACCUGGCAUCGAUGAUACAGUUCUGACAGACACAAUGAAAAAGUUUCUGGACAAAAGUGUUCGUCAGGCGCUAGAGGACAGCCACCGGCGUGCCAUGGAGGAAGGCUCUCCUUUCAUCAUCACCCCAGCCAUUGAGAAGCAUCUGAGAAACUUGUCACCAGGAGAAGAACUGCUCGUUGAGGACACAAUCAAGAGAUGGAAAAAUGAUACAGACAGUGUGAGCAGGAAACUACAGCUGAAAUCACCAAAGGAGAGCAGUAGCAGCAGCAGCCCCGAUCUUCCGUUCAAGUGUUACCUCUGUGAAGCCUCAUACACCAGCCGUGUGGAAUGUUUGCAACAUCAGAGCCAGAGCCAUUCUGCAGAGUGGGACAUCUUGAAAGACAAAAAUGAUGUGGGCAGUAUACAGGUGUUUGCCACUCGGCUCGACAAAAUGAUUGACAAACAGAGUAAAAAGGGCAAAGAAGUGCUAGCCAAACAGCAAGCUAAAGAAAAGGAGGAAGUAGGAGAUGCCACCGAAAAAGCAGCCUCCGAGGAAGACAAUACGAAGUGUAGGGAAGUUCCGGGUGGAGUCCUGACUCGGUCUAAAGAUAACAAGGUCGAAAGGAAUAAAGAUGGUGAUGAGACAGAAUCGAUCGAUGGUGAGGCCAUAAACCAUGCUCCCAGCUAUGAGUGCAGUGGGGAUGAAGGUACAGACCCCAGCUUUUUACAGGAAGUGGUGUCCACUGAUUACUUGCAACGAAAAGUACAUUGCUCAUUGUGUCCAAAAAGAUUUUGGUGUUUGCAAGAUUUGAGGAGACAUAUGAGAUCCCAUACAGGUGAGCAUCCCUUCAGCUGUAAUUUAUGCCCCAAGAAGUUCACACUGAAGCACAGUCUUAAUCGACACAUGGCAAAACACCACGCUGGAGCUGGUAUGUCUUUGGAUGCCAUGAGUGAUGAUGAGGAAUCAGAAUAUGAUGUUGGAGGACAAUCAUCAAAACCCACAAAAGACUCAACUAAAAGAACAAGUAAAAGUUCAAAAGAGGAGAGGGCUGAGACAAAAGAGGAAAAUGAAGACAAUGACGAUAUGCUUCACAAUCUACUGGGAGUGGAGAGUGCCACCAUUGACCAGUUACUGGAAUCCAAAGAUUCAGCUGCCUCACUGCUUGGUGUUGGUGAGGGCAAAACCCAGCCUCCAAAGUAACAGUUGUGGGCUUAGCUCAUUCUUGUGUAGAGAGGUAAAAUUCUCUUCCUUUCAGACAAAAGUAAACAAGCCAUAGUUGCUUAUCACAUGGCCUGCUAAUGUUUGGAUAUACAGUGGAGUCCACUUAUAACGAGUCUUGAAAUAACAAGAAGUCUGUUAUAAAGACACUAUUCUAAAACCCCGGUUUUUUUCUUCUUUAUCUUUGUAAAUAAAAUACUGCUAUAGCGCGAUCAGACAAACACGCUUGUCGGUUAUAAUGGAAUAUUGCUGCUGCUGUGCACAGCGCAUAGGCCAGUUAUACGUGUACAAAACCUCGCCAGUUGAGAAACCUGUUGGUGAUCUAGAGAAACCGAGGACCUGACAACUCCUUGAGCGAAACAAAGAAUGGGAGAACCCAUGUGUGCCAACAACAAUGAAGGCCGGAGCGAAUGAGUGGGGAGGGUGUG